AUGAAGAAGGACAUCCCAUUUGUAUGGGAUCAAGCUUGCCAAAAUGCCUUUGAUAGCAUCAAGGAGUACCUCCUCAAGCCUCCGGUGUUAAUGGCACCUGUCAAAGGAAAACCUCUCAUCCUCUAUAUUGCGGCACUCGAGCGAUCUCUGGGUGCAUUGCUUGCACAAAACAAUGACGAGGGGAAAGAAAAUGCUCUGUAUUAUCUUAGCAGGACACUUGUGGGGGCAGAACACAACUACACCCCCAUCGAAAAGGUUUGCCUAGCCUUGAUCUUUGCCGCUCAAAAAUUGCGACACUACAUGCUCGCUCACAACAUUACUCUGAUCGCCAAAGCCGAUCCACUCAGGUACUUAAUGUCAAAGCCCAUGCUAUCCGGGCGUUUAGCAAAAUGGUCUUUGUUCCUAUUAGAGUUCGAUAUCAAAUACGUGUCCCAAAAAGCCAUCAAAGGGCAAGCACUUACUGAUUUCUUAGCAGCACACCUUGUGCCUGAUUGUAUGGAACUGCCAGAAGACCUGCCAGAUGAAGAGGUUUUCUCAACGGAAGCAACUACAUGGCAGCUUUAUUUUGAUGGGGCGGCUAGGAAAAGAGGAGCAAGAGCAGACAUUGUACUUAUUACACCCUCUGGGGGUUUAAUCCCAUACUCAUUCUCUCUCAUGGCUAUAUGUUCGAAUAACGUUGUAGAAUACGAAGCCUUGAUCAUUGGCCUUGAGAUAGCACUGGAAAUGAAGAUUGGCUCUUUGCAAGUCUAUGGAGAUUCUCAGCUGAUUGUCAGCCACAUUCCCAUAUCAGAGAAUGACAAAGCUGACGCACUAGCUAACUUGGCGGCAUCUUUAACACUCCCAGAUGAAAGAGAUAUUCAGAUUACUAUUGGAGAACGUCGCCUAUUGCUCCAGUAUUUGAACGAGUGGAAGAAUCUCAAGAAAUACAUGCAGUCUCAGUGCUCGAAGUCGAGGCUAAAAGACAUGAUCGAAUACUGCCAAACCAGAAAGUUGCCUAGCGAUCUGAGAAAAAGGGUGUAUGUGAGGCGAACAACCCUUCGGUUCGCUUAUCUAAAUGACACUUUGUAUAGAAGGUCCCUUGAUGGGAUACUCUUUAGGUAUCUGUCAAAAGAAGAGGCAGCUCAAGCUCUUAGGGACACCCAUGCAGGCAUUUGUGGAGCUCAUCAGGCCGGUCCAAAACUGGCAGCCCAACUGAAACGAAUAGGCUACUACUGGCCGACAAUGAUACAAGAUUCAGUGAAUUAUGCUCGAGCCUGCAAGGCAUGCCAGUGGUCUGAAGUAAUUCCCCUCAAAGUAGUCAAGGCAGAAGAUGUUGCAAGCUUUAUCCGGAACAACAUUAUUUACCCUUUCGGUGUACCUGCAAAGAUAGUAUCUGAUAACGCCUCAUACUUCAAGUGCAAGGCCAUGGUCCAGCUGUGUGAGAAAUACCAUAUUCAGCAUGCAUUCUCUGCAAGCUACAACCCUACAGCUAAUGGGCAAGCCGAGGCUUUCAACAAGGUUCUUUGCAACAUCUUAAAAGAAGAUGGUCUCAGGAAAUAA